AAGAAGACACUGCCGUGCGGUUUGGACCGAAUAAACAGGAGUUGAACCGCACAGCUUGUACUUAGAGAGUCCAUAAUGAUCCAAGUGGAGCGCUAAAUGCUUGUGUUGUACAGAAUACAGCCCUAAAACGUGAUUCAUUUGCAACGCAUUAGCAAAUCUCUAAUAUUUACAGCAAUGUUUUUUUUUUAUUUUUAUUUUUUUAAUAAUAUCGAUUUGCAGAGGAUGAAGUGUGGACGAUUUUGCUGCAAGCCUGUCAACAAACCACAGGGCGCUCGUAAUUCCGCCUCAAACACUCACAGAGCUGAUACGAAGAGCCGCAGAAUCUUUAAUUUGUUAUCUCUUCCCUUGUUUCCGAGGAAGAGGCGGGGAGGGGAGAUGAAGAGAAGAGGGCUGGAGUCACCAGAGGGAGAGGGGAAGGGUGGGGGGAGAAAAGGCGGAACAAACCGGUGAGCUCGGAUACAAGCUGUAGCUUCUCGCCCGCACUGCAGAUUAACUCUUACCGCGCCGGGAAGACGCAGCUGGACUCGAGGUGAAGACCGAUGGACCCCUCUCGGAGACAGCAGUUCGGAUCCCAGCCUGCUGCGCUGAGAUCGGAUUGGGAAAGCUUCUUCCUUCCAAUGCUCACAUAACCACUCUUCAGCCUACAAUUACUCUCCUUGUGGAGCACAAGAGCUCCUCCUAAACUCAGGUCAUUCCUCAAGCUGCCACAUACAGAGCUACUGGACUGCAGCCAGACUCUGUGGGGACGGGACAAAACAAAGGGAUGCACGAGGGACACAUUGACUGAGAGAUGCGCUUCUGACCCUCAGGUCUCCUCUUUUGUAAAAGUUGAGCAAACAUCCCAAAUCACCACUUUCUCACAUAUGUUGACCACGGCUUACGGCGGCCACACAUUUUUGUGUGCGUGUUUGCUUCACAGCGUCUUGGCAAGUACCUAACCACAAGAGGGAGCAUCUGGUCUCGCCUCAUUCGCAGAGGGGAGCUGUAGAGCGCGGCACUUCCGUUUCCGCAUGCAGAACAUCCUCGAUCAAAACUUAGACAUGGCCACAGCGCUGCUCGCGGGCGAGAAGCUGAAGGAGCUCAUCCUGCCGGGCUCCUCUCAGGAUGAGAAGGGUGGGGCACUGGCUGGCCUCAUGGUGCAGCUCAAACUGGAGCUGCCCUUUGAUCGGGUCGUCACUAUAGGGACGGUCAUCAUCCCCAUCCUGCUGGUCACCCUUGUCUUCACAAGAAACUUUGCAGAGGAGUCCAUAUACUGUUAUACACCGCACAACUUCACCCGAGACCAGGCACUUUAUGCGAGAGGCUACUGCUGGACAGAGCUUCGUGAUGCUAUUCCUAAUGUGCAGCCUCAUCUUUGGCCCUCGCUGUUCGAACAUAAAUUCCUGCCCUACGCCCUGCUGGCCUUUGCGGGGAUUAUGUACAUUCCUGCUUUGGGUUGGGAGUUCCUUGCCUCUACACGACUCACCUCAGAGCUCAAUUUCCUGCUUCAAGAGAUUGAUAACUGCUACCACCGAGCCGCCGAGGGCAGAGCCCCAAAGAUCGAGAAGCAGAUUCAGUCCAAAGGACCCGGCAUAACUGAGCGUGAAAGGAGGGAGAUUAUAGAAAAUGCAGAGAAGGAGAAGAGCCCUGAGCAAAAUCUUUUUGAGAAAUAUUUGGAGAGACGAGGCCAAAGUAACUUUUUAGCUAAGAUAUACCUGGCUCGCCAUCUGGCUAUCAUGUGCCUCAGCUCUAUCCCCAUUUCCUACCUGAGUGCGUACUAUGCCCGCCAAAGGCAGAAUGAGUUCACCUGUGCGCUAGGCGAGCCUCCGGAUACCAGCAGCUACCCAGAGCUGAAGCUUAGAGUCAACUGCAAGCUCCCCGCUGUGCAGCUGCAACGCAUCAUGGCUGUGGUGGACUUAGCCCUGCUGUGUACCAUGAACUUCAUCAUCCUGCUUAAUUUGCUGCAUCUGUUUGUGGUGCGCAAGUCUAACUUUGUGUUCGACAAGCUGAAUAAAGUCGGAAUCAAAACAAAGCGACGGUGGCAGAAGUCUCCGUUCUGUGACAUCAACAUUCUGGCUAUGUUCUGCAAUGAGAACAGGGAUCACAUCAAGUCGCUGAACCGACUGGAUUUCAUCACCAACGAGAGCGAUCUGAUGUACGACAACGUUGUCAGGCAGCUGUUGGCUGCACUUGCACAGUCCAAUCACGAUGCUACACCCACUGUGAGGGAGUCUGGGAUACAGACCAUCGAUCCCAACAUGGACCCUUCGGAUCUCAGGGUGGGAGACAUGGCCAUGGAGCCACUGGUCAUCAAACGGCCUCGGAAGAAGAUUAAAUGGAUACCGAGCUCAAACCCUCUCCCUCAGCCGUUCAAAGAACCACACACUUUGACCCGCUUGGAAAACAACACCAAACCUGAAAAGCCUAAACCAGUGAGACGCAAAACCAUGGCAGACAGCCUCAUAGCACCACUGCUGGACAGUAAAGGCACACAACAUCCUGCAGCUAAAGACAUCAGUGGGAUGGAGAAAAAGCACGCACGAAACUUCUCCCUGGACGUCCAUCCAUACAUGCUGACGAAUCGCAAGCCCAAGGUGGAGGCCUCAGUCGUUGAACCGCUACCACCAGAGCACAAUCUGGACACAGUUUACCUUGAAGGCACUCACACUAUUGUCCAUGUGUCUUGUGCAAUGACAGAAACCAAGGUUAUCUCCCCAGUAUCGACCACUGCUGCCUUUCCCACAGCAACUCUGCCCUCCGCCACAUAUGUGAAUGGUGUGAGCCCAAACCCUCCCUCUAGCGAGGAUGCGCUUAGUCCCAAGUCCUCCCCUGCACAAAUAGAGCUUCUGCCCCCAGCGGAGAACCCUGAGCCGCCACUGCUGACCAAAGCCCCCACGCACCAGCUCCUGAGCAUUCAUCACACUCUUUUUGAAGAAGAAGAGGAUGCAGAAAACAGAAGAGGCAGGCUGGAAGAAAGACCUGGGGAGCUCAUUGCUGCUGGAGAAUGUUGAAAAAAAAAAAAUAUCCGAUUUCUAAGCAUACGAUCACGAUCGCUACAAUCUCUUUUUCCAAAAAUCGUCCUUUUCUCCUCAUAGCAACUUCUGUGAUUGGUGGAUUAUGUCGACUGACGGGAUGAAAUUCAACAGCGGGAUGAUAGCACAAUGUGUGGUUGUAGGAAAAAGAGGGAGAAAUGAUGAUAACACGUGUGUAUUUGUCAUAGGAAAUGAUGUCACCUUCAUGCCUCAGGAUGACUGUGUUCAGCUGAUCACCCACCAAUGAAACCAGCAGUGAUAUAUUAUUCAACAGGGUGCUAAAGAGCAGGGUAAAACAGCUAUGCUAAAAAAAAAAGGUACAAGGUGAAAGAAAAAUUAACAAGCUUUUUAAUAUGAAAAACGAGAGACACCUUACAAAUCCAUAUUAAAUAGAAAGACUGCAUUACAGCUUAAAACAAAAACAGUAUG